GCGGAGCAGGAGGGGGUGGUUCGGUGCGGGGGCCGUUGGCUCCAGACAAAUAAACAUGGAGUCCAUCUUCCACGAGAAACAAGAAGGCUCACUUUGUGCUCAGCAUUGCUUGAAUAAUCUAUUACAAGGAGAAUAUUUUAGCCCUGUGGAACUAUCUUCUAUUGCACAUCAGCUGGAUGAAGAAGAGAGGAUGAGAAUGGCUGAAGGGGGAGUUACUAGUGAAGACUAUCGCACAUUUUUACAGCAGCCUUCUGGAAAUAUGGAUGACAGUGGUUUUUUCUCUAUUCAAGUUAUAAGUAAUGCUUUGAAAGUUUGGGGUUUGGAACUAAUCCUGUUUAACAGUCCAGAGUAUCAGAGGCUCGGAAUCGAUCCCAUAAAUGAAAGAUCAUUUAUAUGCAAUUAUAAAGAACACUGGUUUACAGUUAGAAAAUUAGGAAAACAGUGGUUCAACUUGAAUUCUCUCUUGACGGGUCCAGAAUUAAUAUCAGACACAUACCUUGCACUUUUCUUGGCUCAAUUACAACAGGAAGGUUAUUCUAUAUUUGUUGUUAAGGGUGAUCUGCCAGACUGUGAAGCUGACCAACUCCUACAGAUGAUCAGGGUCCAACAGAUGCAGCGACCAAAACUUAUUGGUGAAGAAUUAGCACAACUAAAGGAACAGAGAGUCCAGAAAACAGAUCUGGAACAAGCCUUAGAAGCAAAUGAUGGGUCAGCAGCAUUAGACGAAGAUGAGGAGGACUUGCAGCGGGCUCUGGCACUAAGUCGCCAACAGAUUGACAUGGAGGAUGAAGAAGCUGAUCUCCGCAGGGCUAUUCAGCUCAGUAUGCAAGGUGGUUCCAGAAAUAUAUCUCAAGAUAUUCCACAGACAUCAAGUACACAUCUUACUUCAGAAGAGUUACGGAAGAGAAGAGAAGCCUACUUUGAAAAGCAGCAGCAACAGCAACAACAGCAGCAGCAGCCACAGCAGCAGGAAGAGGAGCCACCAGGACAGCUCUCACACCCGUGUGAAACGCUGACCACAAGUUCAAGAGCACUUGGCAAUGAGCUAGGUGAUGCUAUGAGUGAAGAAGACAUGCUUCAGGCAGCUGUGACCAUGUCUUUAGAAACUGUUAAAAAUAAUUUCAAAACAGAGGGAAAAAAAUAAUACCUUUUACAAAUCCCUUAGAUCUUCAUACUUUCCAACAUUAUCCUGUGUGGUCACAGCCAUAGGGUCCAUUUUGGUGAUGUGUCAAAGAGAACAAUGUUCAACAGAGGAAAUAAGACUUUUAGGUGGUUUGAAAACAAAAAGAUGACAAAGUGGAAAAAUGCAUCAGUCAUAGGACUAAAUAAUGAUCCUCCAAAUGGUAGCCAAAGAGGCAUUCAGCAAUUAAAGAAAUUUUAAAUAGUUUUCUAAAUGUCUCUUUUUCAUUUUUGAGUGUGCAAUAUCUAAAAUUAGGGCAUUUUUCUUGGAUCUUUUUGCAGACCAACUAAUUAGUUCUUGCCACAGAACUUUUCCCAUACAUUUUUGUUUUCUUUUUCUCCCUUCUGUGUAGGUAAUUUGGCUCUCUUUCAUCAUCUAAUACUUGCUUUAAUUUCUUAUUAACCAAAUUCACCUUUUAGGACAGUGUUUCUUCUCAUGUUGAUAAUAGUAACGUUUCCAGAAGGAUGAGCUGUUCGCUCUCCACCUAUGUGAGGUGCACUUGGCUGUUUUCUCAUGUUAUUGACUCUGAUCAUCAUGGCUCUGCUACUUGGUUUUUCGUAUUUUUUACAACUUUUUUUUUACAACUCUUUUAAAAGAUGGUUAUCUUUCUUGAGGUUUGCUUUUUAAGCCCUUCAAGAUGGGAUCAUUAUUUCAUGAUUCUGGUGCAUUCCUAAACUCUGAAAUCAGAUCUGCACAAGUAUUUCAGAAUAAAUGAACAUUUUUUAAAAAUGUGUGAGCACAUCCUUUCCCAGAUGCUUUAUUGAAUGUCUUCUCAGUUUUGGCCGAACUUUGCAGCUUUGCCGUAACCCUAAUUCCAGCACCUUAUUCUUUCCUCUCUUUUCCAAUUGAGAAAAGCAAGUAUGCAAGCAAAUUUUCCUUCUGUUAACACUCAUAAGACAACGUAUAAUACCCACCAUGAAUGUAUGAUAGACAAAAUUGGCCUUCAACUUUAGUAGCAGUUUCUUUUUAUUUUUCUCGUGACUGGAGCAGUCUGUUCUAUUUACAGCUGAUUCAUGAAAUAUAAGUGUCUGCUUCUGCUGUACAUCUUCUAGUAGGUAUAGCUUGCCAGAGGUGAUGAUCUGGAACAUGAAAAUAAUUUACUAACAAAAUAUAUUUAAAUUUAUACUUUGAUUUAAUACUUGCAUCACGUUUAAAUAGCUUAAGAAUCAUAGAAGUCACACAGUACUUAAUGGGUCUGUAAAUUAGAAAGUCUUUAGUUAUGAUAAACAUUCUUGCAUUAGGAUGCAGUUUCUUGCUAGGUCAAUACAAUGGAAUGAUUUUGGUGAAAACUAACCAUAUCUUUUGAAUUAGGCAUUUAGAUUCUGUCAUCUAUUCCCCAUCCCUCAUUCUCCAUCCCCUUUUGAAGCCCUUUUGAAUGUUAAAUUGUUCAUAAGCUAAAAUUUAAGAAGAAAUUUCAGCUGACGACUUAGAAAGUUACAGUAUGGUAUGUUGCCGUACUGGUGUGUGGCUGCACACAUUUUAUCAGGGAAAUUUUUUUGAUCUAGGAUUUAUUCGUAUUGCUAAGUGAAAAGAGAUGAGAAAAUGCCUUUUAUUUAUGAUUAUGAUACAGCUUUUUCUUGGAUAGUGACAGAUUUUUUUAUUUGUUAUUUUGUGCCAAAUGACGUCUUCUGAAAUUUCCCUUACAUAAAAUAAGAGUUUUACUUUAAAAUCUAAAGUUUUCUUUUGACAAUUGAAAAUGUUUCAGAAGAAUUACAAAUUUUAGAAUUACAAGGGAUGUUAGAGUUUAGCCCUGCUCCCUCAAGACUUACAAACCAAAAUAUGGUAGGCAUAGUUUUCCACGGGUAUUUGGCCUUUACCUUUUCCCUUUGAAAAAUUACAUUAAACUUUUCAUACACUUGAAUUGAUGAGCUAUCUGAUAUAAAAAUGAGAAAACGAAUAUGCGUAAAUUUAACCUUAGUGUUUAUAAAGUUCUUAUACACCCUUGUUAAAGCCUUUAAGGAAAUAUGGCAUGUUGACGUUUGUUUGUUAGGGAUUUUUUAAAAGCAGAGCUGAGCACACACUGGAUACAUUUGAAUGUGUUUAUUUAGUUUGUUGUAAAAUUGUUAUAUUUGGCAGGCAGAUCCAGAAUCACUAGUAAACUGUCAUCUUAUUUGCAUUGGCUUAAAUUUAAUUGAACAUUCAAAUUCCAUUGAUUGGCUGGUAUGAAAAGAUGCCAAUGCUCAUAACCACAGUACCAGAAAAUUUAAAAGUGAUAAAAAGCUGCAGUUCACACAUUAGGAACUGCUAUUUACUUAUAAACCACCUGCAAGAAAGUCAGGAACAAUGAGAUUCGCAGUAACUGUCCUAACAACUUUUAUUUAUAUAAAGAUUUCCAUUCUGUUUUACCAAUUGGGAACACCUUAAUGUUUAAUAUUUAAACUAUUGGUAUCAUUUUUCUAAUGUAUAAUUUGUAUUACCAGUAUAAAAUACACAGUGGCUAUGCUAGUGUUAUAAGUAAAGUUGGAAAUGCCACUUUCAUAUUUUGAGAUGUCAUGGAUUUAAUAAGUAGUUAUUUAUGUUUUAAAAAUUCAGAGUAGUUAACCUCUGAUCUAAAACCAUUGAUAUACAUUUUUUAUAAUAAUUAACUUACAAAUGUUUCAGUACUGUAAAUUGUUUGAAAAGGUUGCUGUAGGUAAACUACAUUUCAACGCUAAGAUCUUGGCCAAAUAAUUUACAAUUCACAGAAUAUUUAAGGAGGUGCUUUUUUUGUUUAAAACUUGAUUUUUCUUAAUUAAGACUUUAUUCAUGCCAAAGUUAAUGAGGAAAAAAGCUCAAAACUAGUUGGGAAUCAUUAUAGAAAAAACUACCAGUAGUCUACAUUGUUUCAUUUAAUAUUAAAUUGAAUAAAGUAAAUUUUAUUACAGUCAGAGCCUAAAUCACAUUUUUUAUGUCUGCAUGUUUGAUACUAUUUUUAAAUAGUAUCAUGCUAGUGCCAACAUUUACUAAAUAUCUUAAAAUUGGCCCGUUGGACCUAUGCAAAUUAAAAUGAUCAAUUCAGUGCAUAAGCAAAAUAUAAUAAUUGAAAUCUCUUCGGUUGAAAAAUAAAUCUUGAUGUUUUAAAUUCUUAAGAGGAUUCAAUAGUUAAUAUUGAUGACUUCCUAUUAAAAACUUGAUCUGCAGUUGGAGAGGCCUAUGGCCUCUACUUUCAAAGUAAAUUGUUGUAUCUGGGCCCUAGAGUAUGGAGAAAGUUAUAUGUGUGAUCUUAAUUAAGAAAAACCUGAUUGAAUCAACUAAUCAUCUCAUCAGUGUAAAUAAUUUUUCAUAUUUUCAAAUAAAAACUUUCCUUCAUUCCUGGUCCCUUUAAAACCAACAUCUUUUGCUAAAAAAGUAAACUGGCUUGUAUUGUUUUGUAAAGUCUUAUACAUAACAAAAAUAUUUUUGUUUAUUCUGCUUUCAUGAAUGAAGAUUAUUGACAUGGUUAAUUCUUGAAUUUUGAUUUUUUUUUUAAUUGGAAGAAAACCUUUGCUAUUUUUAUUUUUUUCCAAAAUGGUCUGGCAUUUUAAGAAUUAAUGCUAGUAACAUCAUGCUAGUAACAUCACUUCUAAAUUUACCAUAAUUGGCAUGUUAAUAAUAGUGUAUCAAUAAAUAUUUUAAGACUGUGGACUCACAGACAAUGAGGGGGAAACGAUAGUAAAAUAUAUGUGGAAAUUCCUGGUUUAUUUAGGAAGCACUUCAGUUGUCUCUUUCAUAGUUGAAAGGUGAAUGUUUCCAGGAAUUUUUAUGCUUGUUUUUUUUUUUGAAAGAGGAAAAUGUACAUUUGAAUGUGAUUAAUUUCUACAACACUGGAAAAACUUAAAAAAUUACUGUUCUGUGUAAGUAACCUAUUUGAAAUUCAAGUACAAAAAACGUCUGAAAUAAAAAGCAUUGUCUUUUGGCCAUGACACAAGUGCACUGUGACAGUGCCAUUUGCUCAGGAUUCAACUCUGCAGCCCUUCUGUGUGUGCCCCCCUGAGUUCUUUUGCCGUUAUUACACACAUGGGCCUUGCUGUCUGAUCCUCAGAAAAGCCGGGCUUCCAAAGCACUGUUGAACACUGAGGAUUCUAUUGUUGAUACGGAUGUCCAAUGUAUUUUAAAUAUCAAAGAUUAUUAAAUAAAGAUAAUGUUUGCUUUUUUA